AAGUUUGUUGUGGUGCCGAGCGUCCCGGACGCCUGAGGGGGCUGGAGAGAACCGGGUCGCGGUGCCGCCAUGGCGGUGCGACAGGCGCUGGGCCGGGGCCUGCAGCUGGGUCGAGCGCUGCUGCUGCGCUUCACCGCCAAGCCUGGUCCGGGCUACGUCUGGGGGCGGCCCGAGCGGCCGGGCCCCGCGGCGGGCUGGGGUCGCGGAGAACGCCCCGGCCAGGCCGCGGGACCCGGCGCGGAGUCGCGCAGGCUCGGGCUCGGGCUUCCCGACCGCUACCGCUUCUUCCGGCAGUCGGUGGCCGGGCUGGCGGCGCGGCUCCAGCGGCAGUUCGCGGUGCGGGCCCGGGGCGGCGCGGGCCCUUGCGGCCGGGCCAUCUUUCUGGCUUUCGGGCUGGGCCUGGGCCUCAUCGAGGAGAAGCAAGCGGAGGGCCGGCGGGGGGUGUCGGCCUGUCAGGAGAUCCAGGCAAUUUUUACCCAGAAAAACAAGCUGCUGCCUGACCCUCUGGACACCCGACGCUGGCAGGGCUUCCGGCUGGAGGAGUAUCUGAUAGGGCAGUCCAUUGGCAAGGGGUGCAGUGCUGCUGUGUAUGAAGCCGCCAUGCCUGUGUUGCCCCAGAGCCUGGAGGUGGUGAAGAGUGUCAGGCGUCUUCCAGGCAGAGACCCAGAUGUCGUCCCACGAGAAGAGGAGCCAGCCUCACCCCCCGCCUUUCCCUUGGCCAUCAAGAUGAUGUGGAAUAUCUCGGCAGGCUCCUCCAGUGAAGCCAUCUUUAGUACCAUGAGCCAGGAGCUAGUCCCAGCUAGUCGAGUGGCCUUGGCCGGGGAGUAUGGAGCGGUCACUUACAGAAGAUCCAAGGGAGGUCCCAAGCAACUGGCCCCUCACCCCAACAUCAUCCGGGUCUUCCGUGCCUUCACCUCUUCUGUACCACUGCUGCCAGGCGCCCUGGUCGAUUACCCCGAUGUGCUACCCCCACGCCUUCACCCCGAAGGCCUGGGCCACGGGCGGACGCUCUUCCUUGUUAUGAAGAACUACCCCGGUACGCUGCGCCAGUACCUUCGUGAGCACACUCCAAGCCGCCGCCUCGCCACCAUGAUGGUCUUGCAGCUGUUGGAGGCCGUGGAUCAUCUGGUUCAACAGGGCGUUGCGCACCGAGACUUAAAAUCUGACAACAUCCUCGUGGAGUUGGACGCAGAUGGCUGCCCCUGGCUGGUGGUCACAGACUUCGGUUGCUGCCUGGCUGACGAGCGCACCGGCCUGCAGCUACCUUUCACCAGCUGGUAUGUGGAUCGGGGUGGAAACGGCUGCCUGAUGGCUCCAGAGGUGUCCACCGCCUGCCCUGGGCCCAAGGCCGUGAUCGACUACAGCAAGGCUGAUGCCUGGGCCGUUGGAGCACUCGCCUACGAAAUCUUCGGGCUCCCCAAUCCCUUUUAUGGCCAGGGCGGGGCCCACCUUGAAAGCCGCAGUUACCAGGAGGCUCAGCUGCCCGAGCUGCCCGAGUCAGUGCCUCUGGAUGCAAGACAGCUGGUGAGGUCCCUGCUCCAGCGAGAGGCCAGCAAGAGACCAUCUGCCCGAGUAGCUGCUAACGUACUUCAUUUAAGCCUCUGGGGUGAACAUACUCUAGUGCUGAGGAAUCUGAAACUAGACAAGAUGGUCGGCUGGCUCCUCCAGCAGUCGGCCGCCACCCUGCUGGCCGACCGGCGCACAAAGAGCUGCGUGGAGACCAAGAUGAAGAUGUUAUUUUUGGCCAACCUGGAGUACGAGGCGCUGUGCCAGGCAGCCCUGCUCCUCUGCUCCUGGAGAGCGGCCCCGUGAGGGCUCCGUUGUAGCUGGCGUAUUACUAAAGAACUUAGCAACA